GGGCUGAGUGUGUUUUCAAAAGUAAAACACCUCCGACGUGUCACCCAUCCUCCAAUCCAUCCAAUCUGUCUAUCUAAAAACACUCUUUAUCGGAAUAUAUUCGCCCAAAAAGGAAGAUAUCCACUUACGUCCUCCUCCCUUGUCGACAGGAUCACUCCCACCAGGUCAGGAUGCACAGCGCUUUCACCCGGUGUCACGCACUCGCAGCGUACACCGUCAGUGUUCUGGCUGGUCUUACGUUCGUCUGCUUUGUAACUACGGCUUUCCGCGACUACUCCGCCAAUGCAGAUAUCAACACGGUCACAGUCCUUGUACGAAAUGUUCCAGACUAUAGUGCAUCCCGAGAGAAGAACGACAUGGGUUUUAUGAUCUUUGACUUGAAGGCUGACCUCCGACCAUUGUUCAACUGGAAUGUGAAACAGCUCUUUCUUUAUCUCACGGCAGAGUACGAAACUCCCAGUAACAAGCUUAAUCAAGUUGUUAUUUGGGACAAGAUUAUCCAACGAGGAGAAAAUGCAGUGUUGGAUCACAAGAACAUUAGGCCAAAGUAUUACUUUUGGGAUGAUGGGAAUGGGCUUAGGGGGAACAAGAAUGUGACGCUAACGCUGUCCUGGAACGUUAUACCCAAUGCUGGUCACUUACCAAUUUUAGUGGCUAAAGGAAAUCAUCGGUUUACUUUCCCUGAGGAGUAUACCACCACUAAAAUGUAACAUUUCUUCCGUUCAUCUUAAAUGCGUUGAUUCCCCAACCUUAUCUAUCCAGUUUUUUUAUUUGAUAUCUGAAAAUUCUUAAUAACAUUGUCAACGUUUAUAUUCAUUAUGUAAUGUUAUUUAAUAAAAGAAAUACAUUUGUAAUA